AUGGACGUUGACCCGAGCAACACCCGGCGCAAGGAGCAGCAGCCUCUAGGAGUCCAAGGACAGUCAAUCAACCGGUUUGUCUACGGCCAACUGCAUAUCAAGGACCGCCCCACUUCCCCAACCAGGAUCUUUUCUGACGGAUUGCAAAGACUCCCGCGGAAGUCAGGGGUUUAG